CGUUUGAUCUUCUUUUCUCUAGAUCCCAUCUUUUUCUUGAUCGAAUUAGUUUCUUUAUGGAGGACGACGCAGCUUUUGAUCUAAUCAAAGCCGAACUGUUAAACGCAGAAGACGAGGUAAUAAUAUCACGUUAUCUGAAGCGUAUGAUCGUUUACGGAGAUUCAUGGCCUGAUCACUUCAUCGAAGACACAGACGUGUUCAACAAGAAUCCAAAUGUGGAGUUCGAUGCUGAGAGCCCUAGCUUCGUGAUCGUUAAACCACGAACAGAGGCUUGUGUUAAAACCGAUGGAAGUGAUGAAUCUGGUUGCUGGAGGAUCAUGGGUCGUGAUAAACUGAUAAAAUCGAAGAAGAAUGGGAAGAUUCUAGGGUUUAAGAAGAUUCUCAAGUUCUGCCUAAAGAGGAAACCUAGAGAAUACAAGAGAAGUUGGGUAAUGGAAGAGUAUAGGCUUACCAAUAACUUGAACUGGAAGCAAGAUCAUGUGAUUUGUAAGAUUCGAUUUUUGUUUGAAGCCGAAAUUAGUAUCUUGCUAGCCAAGCAUUUCUACACUACAUCAGAAUCACUUCCUCGAAAUGAGCUGUUGCCAGCUUAUGGAUUCCUUUCAUCAGAUAAACAAGUAGAGGAUAUAUCUUAUCUGGUGACGAUAAUGAGUUCUGAAGGAUUGAACGAUUGGCCUAGCUACGUUACAAACGACGUGUAUUGUCUGCAUCCAUUGGAGCUUGUGGAUCUUCAAGAUCGGAUGUUUCAUGAUUACGGAACAUGCAUCUUCGCUAACAAGACUUGUGGUAAAACUGAUAAAUGUAAUGGUGGUUACUGGAAGAUCCUGCACCGUGAUAGGCUGAUCAAGUCAAAGUCCGGGAAGACCAUUGGUUUCAAGAAGGUUUUUAAGUUUUAUGAAACGGAGAAAGAAAGAUACUUUUGUGAUGAAGAAGAUGUGAAGAUAACUUGGACUAUAGAAGAGUAUAGGCUUAACGUGAAGCAGAAGAAAUUCGUGUGCGUUAUCAAAGUUUACUUAUAACUAGGGACCUUUACUUUGGAUUUUGUUAUCAUCUUACGGACAUUUUAGAUACACACAUCUUUCUCUUUAAAACAUCUAUAGAUUCAUGAGUCUUUUGUGUUUCUUAUUUCUCUGUUCAAUAUGGUUUAACUACUAGUAUGCUUAUUUGUUUAUUUCCUGUUGUUUGUGGUCGUGAGAGGAGAGGCUUUUUUGUCGCUGCAAUUUGCUAA